AUGUUCUGGCACUUCUUGCUGCUCUUGUGUGCUGUGCGUGCAGAGCAACUGUUCUGCUCGAAUGAAAACAGUGCUUCUGGCCCAGGUACUUCCUACACAUGGCAGAGCACCGGGUGGUGUGCGUCGCAUUGCAGCGGCUACGACUACGCCAUUGUUCAGGGACUCAUGUGCUGGUGCUCCAACUCCGGGCCUGCUGAUAGCAUAGACAUAUCCAGCUGCGACCACUACUGCCCCGGCUACAGCCUGGAGAACUGCGGGAGCCAGCAGAAUAACGCAUACGGGUACAUGUACCUCGGGAGCCAGCCCCAGAGCGCCAUUAUACCACCCAGAAAGAGCUCCAAUACUGCGCAAUCCUCGACUCCAAGUUCUACCAGCGCUGCAAGCACUUCAAGCACAUCUACAAGCACUUCAAGCACAUCUACAAGCUCCACAAGCUCUACAAGCUCUACAAGCUCUACAAGCUCUACAAGCUCUACAAGUACUUCAAGCACAAGCUCUAGUUCUAGCUCUACAAGUUCUACGAGGUCAUCCUCAAGGACUACACUAGCACCUUCUACCACGUCUUCAUCCUCUCGCACUCGCUCGAGUUCAGAGGCCUCGGACGACUAUGUGCUGUCAACUUCGAUGAUAUACUCGGUGAUGACAGUCACAUCAACACAGACGCACGAUUCCGCCGUGCAGUCCAAUGUGACGUCAGUGUUCUCCUCCAACGUGAUAACGACAAAAGUAGUCACAUCCAUCAUAUCGACAGUGGCCACUGUGGCUACCACCACGACGAGCCAGGCGGCCAACACAUCCGUGGCCUCUACAGCGGCGGGUAUGCGUGGGAGCUCGAACCAGGGCGAUGUGAGCGAAAAGAAAGCGAAGGGGUACUGGCAGUCACCGGGCAAAGUUGCGGGCACUUUUGUUGUAGUUGGCGUUGUCAUCCUCGCCAUUCUGGGGCUGCUGUUCUGGUACUUCGUGCUGCGCCCUAGAUGGGAACAAAAGAAAUUCGAAAAGAACUACAAUGACGCAGUUGGUCUAGCACCAGCAACUCCGCCAAAUAUGCCAAGAAAUGAAAGCGGCCACAGCAGAAUUUUCUCAACACCAAUAUUCCACACGCACCAUUCAAGCAGCGAGGACGACUCGUCAACGGGAUCCAAUGGUGCUGGCUUUAACGAGGAGAAAAACUUAGACGAGGCUAAUGUGAAGACAAACAAGCGUGCCACAAGGCAUGACGUUUUCGCAGACGACGCCUACUCUGAUUACUCUAAUACAAUUCCAGUCAUGGUUGACCAAAGAUUGGAUCCUAACCAAAUGAUGUCACAAAUAGAACAAAGUCCUUCCAACGUAUCAUUAUCUGAUGACGUUGAUUACUCAAGAAGGGUCUUACGAGUGAUAAAUGAGCUAUAG